AGGACGUCCGUGGGCGUCCGCUUGAUCCCUAUCGGACUGACACGGAAGUGGCGGAUUGAGCGAAUGUCAACAACCGAAAAGACGGAGGAAAGCAAAAUUUGUCAGUGAUGGCGUCCUGUACUGUGGGGAACUAAUGGACUACUUGACCAUAUUCUUUUAAAUUACAUUUUAUAUAUUUAUACAAAACAGCAUGGCUGCCCCUUUCAGCCUUUGCAUCUUCAGUAUUUUAUUUUUGACAGCCUGCAACCUGGAGCAGGCCUCCAGUUUAAUGUAUUGUGGGAAAUCGCCAAAAGUUCUACAGGACAGGCAAGGAGAAAUUUAUAGUUCCACCCUUCAUGGUCCUCCUGGUCCAAUUAACUGCAGCUGGACAAUCACAUCUUCAGUGGGUGAACGUGUAAUCAUCAGUUUCUCCGAGUUUUAUGUGAGAUGUGGGCGAGAAUGGGUACAUCUGGCAACACCAAACAGUGAACCCAUCUCACUCUGUGGUUCUCAGCUGCCUAAGCCAUUGGAGUUGUAUGGGGGAAACAUUACAGUGACACACCGAUACUACCCACACUUCUAUUCCAUUGCAGUAGUCCGCUUAUCAUACAUCAAAGACACUGGUCCCUGUUACCCUGGUGAGUUUGAGUGCUACAGUGACCGGUGUCUCCCUGCAGCUUGGCACUGUAAUGGCCAAGUGGAGUGCCUCGGGGAUGGGGAUGAGCUUGGCUCUGAUGAGGACGGCUGCGACAUCCACAACACCUCGUCCUUCCUGACUCAAACCCCCACUGGUUCAGCUGUGGAUUCUGACACCGAGAAACCCAACUGGCCUAUUCUUUCGCAAGGAGGGCCAUGUGGAGGCAUUCUACAGGCGUUUUACGGCUCUUUUAUCCCACCUUUGCGGACUGGAGCCCAAAUGGAGUGUGUUUGGACAGUUGACCCACAGGACCCACGACCCCUCAAGCUGGAGUUCCAGCAAUUGGACCUAGGGUAUAGAGAUGAACUGGUUAUUACUGACCAGUCAAACGGAACCGGCAACGUUAUUAAAAUUAUCAAAAGUGUAUCCAAUUACAAAGCAGUGGAGGUGGAGUCCCAGACUGGCCUGCUCUCUGUAAUCUAUCGCACAAAAGCUGGAUCUAAAGGAUGGGGCUUUAAUGCCACUUAUCGUAUCACAGACUAUUGCCUACCAUGGGAGGGUCUCUGUAAAGGAUCCGAGGGGGGCUGUUACACACAGAAGCAACGUUGUGAUGGUCACUGGGACUGUGCAGAGACAGGCACAGAUGAGGAGGGCUGUGGUGGGUGUCUUGCUGGCCACUUCCCCUGCGGAUCAGUACAGAGAACAGGCCACGUUAUAGGCCGGCCUUUCUGCUAUUCCCUCAAUGAAAGGUGCAACUACCAGCUGAACUGUGCAGAUGGCAGUGAUGAGAGAGAAUGCACUGUGUGCCAACCUGGCACCUUCCACUGUGACAGUGACAGGUGUGUGUUUGAGAGUUGGCGGUGUGAUGGGCAAGUGGACUGUAAGGAUGGCACAGAUGAGAUGAACUGCACUGUGACCCUGCCUCGAAAGGUCAUCACUGCAGCAACCGUGGGCAGUCUGGUGUGUGGCCUGCUGCUGGUCAUUGCUAUGGGUUGCACCUGCAAGCUAUACUCACUUCGCACUCGUGAAUACAGCUUGUUUGCACCAAUCAGCCGCCAAGAAGCAGAGUUUAUCCAGCAACAGGCUCCGCCCUCCUAUGGCCAGCUGAUUGCUCAGGGAAUCAUUCCACCAGUGGAGGACUUUCCAACUGAGAACCCCAAUGAGCCCACCUCUCUGUCUUUGAGGGGACUGCUUCAGCUUCUCAGACAGGACAAUAUUUCCUCUCCCAGACGAAGACGCAGGCCACGAUUUGUCCGCCGUGCAAUUCGCCGCUUGCGGCGGUGGGGCAUCAUUUCCAGGCCUGCAUCGAGGUCCACGCAGACCACCAGUUCCACUGGUCAACUGACAGAGGCUGCAACUCCUGACCAGGAGUCCAAUCAGUCAGGCUCUGGAAGUUCCUCAUCAGACAGGGAAGUGGCCAGUCAAUCAUUGCCUCAAAAAGUGGGCUUACCCCAGCAGACAGAGCAGGAACAGCAAACGGAGGCUCAAGCUCAGCCUCAAGCUCAGCCUCCACCGCAGCCUCCACCUGUUCCUUCAAAUCCACCCCCUUCCUCCAUCCAGCCUGCUGAAGUCCCAGAAAGAGAACACCCUCCUCCAGUAGCCACUGCACCCAGCAGCCCUUCACUGGCAUCGCUCUUUCAUUCUCUGGGGCGGAGUAUCUCUCGUUUCAGACCCUCUUCCUCUCCGACUGCUCUUCAUCUCUCAGCCUCGCCCUCUUUUUCCUCCUCUUCCUCAGACGACGAGGUGCUGCUGAUCCCUCUUUCUGAUGAUACGACCUCUGAGGACGACGUGCCCAUGCUGACCUGAGCUAAACCUGCUGCUUUUUCCCCGUCAAGCCAAUCUCUGUUGCCUUUCUCUGUUUUUUUUUCUUUUCUUAAUUUCUCUGUUUUUCUUUUUCACCACUAAUUUAUGAUCUCAGCAGCACGUAAGCGGCAUAAUGGUCUGUGUAGUCUAUGUUGGCAAGGUGCCUUAACUCAAAGGAAUGGAUUUGUUUUCCUGACUUAAGAUUGAGUGUUUGUAUGAAUGUCAGAGACUUCUGUGUGUGUGGUUGUGUGUGUCUGUGUAUGUAUGGAUGUGUGCUUGUGCUGGAUGUGCACUUACUCAGAGAUUGUGUGUGACGGAGGACCACUUUGCACAGAGAUUCUUUCCUUGCCUCUUUAAAUGAAAUUGUAUUAUGUCUUAUUCUUGCUCAGUAUACAGCACCAUGCUACACAUAUCCAGUCUGGCAUCUUAGGGUUAUUUUUUCCACCGAAUCUGUCUUCUACAGGGUUAAUAUGGUUAGACACUAUAUGUUGCCCAAAACCUUGUAUCUCCAACUUAGCAGGAGAGGGAAAAAUCAUUUUUUAUAAUUUUAAUAAUAUUUUUUAUCAUUGUAGAAAGGUUGUAUUACAAGUCAUUCUAGAGCAUUUCUUUUAGAUCAUUUUUUAUUUUAUGACCGCUUGACACAAUGUAAAGAACAACUGCCAGAUAAAAAAAGAUUUAAACGGUUCAAUUGUUCUUUAGGAAAUACUUUAGAAGAACCACUUUUGAUUCUCUGUACAUUUUUUAGAUAUAAGAAUAUCUAAGCAGCUGUUUAGAUUCCUUUACAGUGAAAUUUUGUCUUUUAGACUUUUUUCUGCCGUAUUUAUACAAAAUUAAGAAGCAGAACAUUUUGUGGUGUUAAGGAUUAAAAAAAGAACACCUAUAUUAAAUAAUAAACAAAAGAGUAAAUAUUUGUAGUAAAAAAAGGCAGGUAACAGUGGACUCAAGUACAGCUAGAACUCUCAACAUAGAGGAUCUUCCAAUAAUAUUAAUACUGUACGGAAAGUGAUGUCAUUCUUCCCUUCUAUUCUAAAAAAAAAAAAUCAUAGUUUGAAUAGCAACCAUUAACAUUAAAAUGUGGCACAGGUACACUGGGAUACUGUAAUCUUCAUGUAAAAUUAUUAUAUGUUACUAAAAUAUAAUCUUCCUGAGUUCCAUGAGUUCUUCUAGAGGAGCAUUGUUGUUCAUUCUACAUGUAGAACCAUGACGCAAACAUAUUUUAACUUUUGGUAAAACUUCCAUUUGUAUUUUUUUUUUUAGUGAAAAAUUCUUGUAAACACGUCCAACUAGUUAAGUCAUUUCUGUCAGAUAUAGUCAAUAAUUCUGUGCAAAUCUGAAUCCAAGUGAUUUUUAUGAAGUAACUACAUUUUGAGCAGAGGAACAUGCCUAAAGCUUUUCCUUUUUGUCUCAUCAAGUUCUAUAAAUAUCAUUCCUACCUUGUCUAAAUGUUCAUGACCAGUGUUCAUAACUCUUCACAAUUUGUCUACCCACUUUUAAUCUUUCAUUUUUAGUUCCACCUAUGGCGUCCUCCCAUAAGCAGAAGUCAACUGAACUCCAGCACAAAGUUCUCAGAGUUCUGUUUCCAGUCAUCAUAUGCUGAUGGCAUGUUCCAAACUAGCAAAAUAUGUCCAAAAUAUAUUUAUAUUGAUCCAAGUCUGUAUGUAAUGAUUGGCCUCCUGUAAGUUUGAGUGUAAGGUCAAGGCUUUCCAAACAUUUGAAGGUUCUUCACACUUACACAUUUAUCUCUGUUGGAGAGACAUAGAUCUUUAGGGAACAAAUAGUGGUUCUUCUGUUGCUUUUUUUAAAGAAUCUUUUAUAGUUAUUUUUUAACAGUGUGUGUAACUAAGUGGCAAAAUGGAGAUAAAAGGUUUUACAUGACAGUAAUAGCAACAAUAUAUGUCCAUCUAUAGGUGUUUGUGUACCUCACACUGCUACAUGUUUAGCUGUGUAUUUUCCUCAGAAGUGCCUUGGAAUGAGCUUCCUGUAGAUCACUAGACACCGUGUGAGGUGUAUGUACUUGCACAUAAAAAGCCACACACACGCACACGCUCAUGCACUGACGUUUACACUUUGAUUUUUUGAUUCACCCAGACUAUGUCUAUGGUAGUGCAUGGCAGUAGUGGCAAUAAUUUUCCAAAGUGUGUGCGUGUUUGUGUGCGCACACCUGGUCGAUUGUGUGUACAGUAUGUGUGUGUGUGUUUAGUUGUGUGUGAAUGCAGUCACUUAGAUGAGACAAUCCCUCUCGGUGCCUGAGGCAGUUGUGCGCACCACCAAGCCGGAGGACAUCCCGGUCGCUCUGGUGAAGACUUCUUCUCCUUUAGUUUGAGCUUUUGCCUCAGUGAACAAUGAAUGAAACAUAUUAGUGCCAUAAAUAUGAUCACCUGAUCUUGCCUGCUCUUACAGUUACCUUCCCGUUUUUCUUGUUUUUUCUUUUUUUUGGCCCUGUCAAUAUUAUUUUUAUUACUGAAUGUAUUUUUUUAAAUGCCUAGCUGUGUAAUGUGUUUCUGGUCAUUGGUGAUUGCAAUAGAACAAUGUGGUUGAAAAUGGAAAAGAAACUGAUUUUACUAGGAUGUGUUGUUUCACUGUAUAUAUGCUAAAAGAAAAACUAGAGGAUUCACAAUGAAUAAAUGAUUUGCACUUUUA